AAGUAAUUUUGUGAUCAAUUUAAUAUAUUUUAACUUCUUCAGAUCUAUACCAAAUUUAAGUGAUGAUGAAGCUGCUCUUAGUAACAUUAGGAAUAAUAUCAGUAAGCUUCGGUGCGAUUAUCAAACAUCCAAUGGAACAUUAUCAAGAAGGGGAUAGAUAUUUUUACUUUCCCGGAGACGGUGAUAAUAGUCUACAUUUAGUGGAUACUCUAGAACCAGUCGAUUAUGUGUUUUUGGAUGAGUUUCGGCGAAACUCCGCAAAUUAUCCAUAUUGGUUAUUUACGAGACAUAACCCUUCAACGCCGCAUGUACUAGAUUAUGGAGACAAAGGCUCAAUUUUUAAUUCGUCUUUCAAUAAGUAUAAUCAAGUUGUAUUUUUAGUACACGGUUGGUAUGGUCACGGCUAUAAUAUGAUGAACAGAAUUCUAACCGAUGCAUUUUUACAUAAACACGAUGUCAACGUCAUAGUAUUAGAUUGGAGUGAUCUUUCAACUAGAAACUAUAUUACGGCUAAAAAAGGUGUGGCCGUUCUUGGUGAGCAGCUUGGACGAUUCAUAGUGUGGCUGAAUGAAGAAUUUGGUGUUUCUUAUAAUAAAAUACAUUUGGUUGGAUUUAGUUUGGGCGCUCAUAUGGUUGGCAAUGCAGGAAGAACAGUCGGGGGAUUAAUUAGGAGAAUAACAGGCCUCGACCCAGCUGGUCCUCUUUGGAAAAAUGAUCUAAAUCGUCUCCGUAGUUCUGAUGCUCAAUACGUAGAAGUAAUCCACACUAAUACAGCUUUAUAUGGGUUCUCUGAUCCUUGUGGUGACGCAGACUUUUAUCCCAAUGGAGGAUCUUUAAUGCCUGGCUGCUGGUUCAACGUAUGCUCCCAUAGCAAAGGAUAUGAAUACAUGGCUGCCUCGAUUGUACACAAUCAUCUUCUAGCACAAGAAUGUUCUAAUAUACGUGACGCAAGUUAUGACAAAUGUUCUGGAAGCGUCUACCCGAUGGGCAAUAGUGACUUGUCGAAAUCAAGGUCAGGAAUAUUUAGGGUAAAUACGGGUACAGAAUUUCCUUUUUAAAUUGUAAGGAUAGAAAUUAAUAAAAAUAAUAUUUUUAUAA